GGCGCGCAGCGACACGACACACGUCUAAAUUGCUUGUCAGAAAAGUUAGAGUUAUCAGCCUCGGACGACAGCGGCUCGUCCCUGUUUUUUCUCGGGAUGUGCGUGGUUUCCUCGUCGGACUAGGACCGGGGACCCCCUCGCUCGGUUUCGGUUGACACUUCGCUAUGAAUGGCGGGGGUUUCUCCGACUUUGCGUAACGUGAAACUUGCGGGAGCCAGUAAGGUGCUUUUCUCCUGAGAGGCUUUUCCUACCAAACUCCACAUUUCACCGUGUUUUUCACUCUCUGGACCCUGUUAUCAUGACGCCUGACCUCUUGAACUUCAAGAAGGGAUGGAUGUCCAAACUGGAUGGCAGCGGGGAGUGGAAGAAGCACUGGUUUGUUCUGACUGACGCUGGUCUGAAGUAUUACAGAGACUCCAGCGCAGAGGAGAAAGAUGACGUGGAUGGGGAGAUUGACCUUAAAUCCUGUGUGAAGGUGUCGGAGUUUGAUGUGGAGAAGAACUAUGGGUUUCAGAUACAGACGCGGGAGGCCAUGUUCACACUGUCUGCCAUGACGGCUGGAAUCAGACGGAACUGGAUAGAAGUUUUAAAGAAGAGUAUUCGGCCCAGCAGCUCUCCAGACCUCACACAAUUACCAGAUAACAACAGCGACAAGGAAAACUCCCAUGGGCGCUUUUCACUGUCUUCACGUCGUCCAUCUUCACGUCACGGCGACACACAUUCAGAAGUCCCGCUGAGCUCCACCACGACACCUCAUCGCAGGUUGGACUACGUGGAGCUCUCACCGGUUCCCGCCUCCACCGGUCCUCCACCAGCCGGUCAGCGAGAGGCGGGAGAGGGGCAGGGGAGGGAGCACAGCCAAUGGCAGGAGGAGAGGAAUACAAGCAGCCAGUGGGCGGCCGUGCUGUCCCAGAAGGCCAGCGGCACGGGAUCAAACCAAAGGCUACGCAUGGAAGAGGAUAUCGAGAAGAAGUGGGCUGAAUUUGAACGAAUGCCGUUAAAGGACGUGAGCUCCUUCCCAUCACCUGGAUCACGGACUUCUAGCCAGUCAGCCAACGAGGCGCUGCAGAGGGAGGUAGUGGCGUCACUGAGGCAACAGCUGGAGCAACUGCAACAGAGGGAGGGAGGAGAAGGGGGAGGGAGAGGUGGAGGACAUGUGUGGGGCCGCUGUGGCCCUGAAGCUCCCUGCAGCCGCAGCCUGGUGGCCAUGGAGCGGGCUCACCAGCAGGCGCUGGAAGAGCUGCAGAAGCAGCACGACCGACAGAUCAGGGAACUAGAGAACGAGAAAAACCGGCUGCUGCUGGAGGAGACCCAGGACACAGCACGGGUGAUGGAGGCUUUGAAGAAGAAGCAGAAAGAGGAGCUGGAGAGAGUGAAGAGGCAGAGCAGCGGGGUGCUAGAUUCACAGACUCUGCGAGCUCAGCAACAGGUGGAAACUCAGGCCCUGCAGAGAGAGCUGGCUGGUCUGUCUGAACGCUACUCUCAAAAGUGUCUGGAGCUGAACCGAGCAGAGCAGAGCAGCGCCGAGAGAGAGAGGGAAAUCAGCCGCAAGGAGAAAGAUUUGGAGCAGCUCAGGAAGGAGAACGUGGACCUAAAGGCCCGUUUGACAGAAGAAAUGACUCGUACGCGAUCCACCAUCACAGAUCAGGGCUCAGGGGACAAAGACAAGAUGCCAUGUGAACUACAGGUUCUCCUCAGGAUAAAAGACUAUGAGAUAGAGUACUUGCACAAAGAGAUCAGCUGUCUCAGGAACGAGCUGCAAUUUCUAAAUACGGAAAAGCGGCUGGCCUGUGAGCGCUACGCCGAGGUGCACGGGGAGCUGAGUGGGAUGAAAGGCAGAACUGAGCGUGAGAUUCAGAGUCUGAAAGAGCACUUGAGACUGGCCAUGGCUGCUCUACAGGAGGGCCAGACGCUUGGGAACAGCCUGGACCACUGAGAGGCUGCUGGUGGUACCGAGGCUCUCGCAGAUGCAGCAACACAUUGGGACUGAUGUAGAACUGAAAGGGAGUGAGACUGCAUUGUCACCAUGAUACAGCCAAAACAUAUGAGUCUGUUUUAGAUACUUGUCAGAGCUUUUUUCUUUUUUGUUUUUAAUCCGUCACCGUGGUAAUUGAAUCAAAGAUAAAGAAAUUGGAGCAUAGGUGUUGGACUCCUACAACUAUGUCAGAACCUUAGUAAAGACUCAGCUUUCAGUCAUUCUGCCAAUGAGUAGUCGGUUUCAUUACACUGAGCCACAUGUGAUGCGUUAAAGUGCACUUUUCUAUUUUUAUUUUUUUGCUUGUGUGAGUGCAAGCCUGUAUAAGUGCAUAUUUGGUCUAAAAACUGGAAGAUUUAUCAGGUUUUUAUUUCAUCAGGCAUUGAUAGAUUUCAUGCUGUCGACUCUUGUGGUUGAUGAACUUGUCAUUGCCCCUGUCUGUUGCCUGAGACAGCAGGGGUCAGAAGUAGCUACUGUCAUCAGUUUUGUUAUACAGCUUUCAUGUUAUGUUUGUGUUUACUUUGUGGAGAUGGUAUGCAUUUCUUAAGAAGUGGGAGUUUAUCAUUUGUGGUCAUUAUUUUUCAUUUUCUGGAUAAACAUUUGGGCUUGUCUGUUGUUUGAUAAAGCACAAUUAUGUUGGGAUUAAAAAAAAACAACCGACAAUUUCUGAUUGGCAGGCUGAAUUGGGAAUGUGAUGUAUGAUUGCUUAGAAACUGGUUCAUACUUAAUUUUCAAUUAGGAAUCUUGCAAAAACUGUUGAAUGAUUGUUACACGUGUCUGUAUUUUUAAGCCAUGAACCCCCAAGCUCCCAGUCUUGCCUGAUCAUUCCUGCUAUGCUUUAGUUGUGCCACCAUCACAACAAAUGACAGGUUUUGCAUCAAUGAGCCAUUUUUCUUCUUUUUUAAUUUUUAUUUUGUACUUUUACAUUUCUUAUUAAGAAAUAUUGUGAUAAAAUGACUUACUGUAUCUACCUGCGUUUUGGAAGCAUUUUUAUAUUUAAUGUACUGUAGAGCCUGUAAAGUCUUUGUAAAUUAUACUCGUUUUGCAAUCAAUAAAGCAACUUCAG